AUAAGCUUACCUCUCGCGAUCCAUGCAUGGCCUUCAUCAAACCAGGCUUAGAAUCAAGCUCAUCUCAGUCUCGAUCGCCUUCCACUCAUCGGGUUUUUUGAUAAUGGGUCGCUCUACUUCAUGCCAUGAAAAGGAAGGGUUGAAAAGAGGGCCCUGGACUGCUGAAGAAGACCAAAAGCUCACCGCUUAUAUUCAACAACAUGGCCAUGGAAACUGGAGCUCCUUGCCUGAGAAAGCCGGGUUAAAGCGAUGUGGUAAGAGUUGUAGGUUGAGAUGGAUUAACUAUCUACGACCUGAUAUCAAGAGAGGAAAGUUUAGUUUACAGGAAGAACAAACCAUUAUUCAGCUCCAUGCUUUUCUUGGCAACAGAUGGUCGGCUAUAGCUGUUCAUUUGCCGAAGAGAACUGAUAAUGAGAUCAAGAACCACUGGAACACUCAUCUAAAGAAGAGGCUAAUCAAGAUGGGGAUCGAUCCUGUGACCCACAAGCCUCGGGUCGAUGCACUCGGCUCGUUUGGACAUGGAUGUCACGAUGCGAAUUUAAACCAUAUGGCUCAGUGGGAAAGGGCUCGCCUCGAAGCGGAAGCGAGAGCUGCAGUUAGCCGUGAUUCGUCGAAUAAACAGGCCUUGCCGAAUCUCGGCCGAAUCCAACCGAAGUUUCACCCCGGGACUGAUCCUCUACCUAUAAGCACGCCGAGACCAAAGUGUCUCGAUGUGCUCAAAGCGUGGGAAGGUAUGGUUACCGGCAUGUUUAACUUCCCUAACCGAGACAACAUUGACUCUCCAACCUCGAUGUCGAACUCCUCAAGUGCUCCGAUUCAAAUUCCGAUCGGUGAAACCGUCGUAGAUUGCAAUGCCACCGAUCAUUUAUAUACAUACAAUGAAUUGGUUUACAUGGAUGAAUGGAAACGUACUAAUCAAAUGCAAGAACUAGAAGACUGGAAGGAUGAGUCUACAUCGUCGACAAUGGCAUUAACACAAGAUCAGGUGACGACGUACGCAACCGAAAACACGUGGUUUACCGAUAACAUAGCGGCUGCUGCUGCAGAUUUUAAGGAGGACUCAUCAGAAUCAGAUGCUUUGAUUGGUAUUCCAGUUUCAUUUUCAUCGAAGGAAGUUGAAGCAUCAAAUGGAAGCUGCCCAAUAGCCGAUAGUGUCUGGAUGUUAGAGUAAUGUAUCACCAUUUUGUAAUAUUGUGCAGUACAAUGAUCAUUUUGUUUUGUCAAUCACCGCGAAUCGACAGAGUU